AUGCACGAAGAUGCCUCAGCCAUCCUGCGGCCGCCAUGCCGCUUCCUCGUCGGCCGCCCUUUCCCGACCUCCCAUCUGUUCUCCCGCCACCUACGACUCUCUGGCGCGCUCCAGGUUAGCACUGAACGGCACAUACGACGUUUCUCAUGUGCCAUAUCGUCCCCCGCUCAAAAACAGCCACAACACGCUGGAAAGUGCUCGUAUCGACGCGUCUCGCGCACAUACCCCAUCUCCCGAUCGCCCUCUACCACCCGCGACGACCCCAGCGCCCCACGACAAAAUCCGCCGCGCACACACAACACCCCAUCCGCCGCCAACUCCCCCAACUCGCCAACGCUCUCGCGCCUCGCCAACUCCCCCCACGGGCUCAAAUCGACGACGCACAGCUCCCACGAAUCAGGGAGCACCCACCCCAUGCGCCGAAACACGCAUUCCCGCACACGUCCGCGCCCUGCCGCCGCGUCAUUUGACGUGGGCGUGCUCCGGGACGGCCGGCAUCGUCCCCCGCCGUUUCCAGGACUGUUCGAUGGGGGUGAAGGUGCGUCGCGUACGUCGCUGGUGACAACUCGGAGGGAAUACCCAGACGAACUCGACGGGUUCGUCCGGCUCGGUCGCACAUCGCGCGGCGGACAAGAACACGGCAUGGACGACACGCCAUCGGCCCGCUCGUACGCGCAAGCAGCGCCGCGCUACGUCCGGGGCGCGACUGCGCCUUGCGAGCAGCCAGAUCGGGCGUCGACGGCCAAGACGCGCACACGCAAUGCCGUGCGUGCUCGCGACGCGGCUCGCUCGUAA